AUGGGGGACAUCGUACCAGCAUCGCAAGUCAAAGGGAUGAGUACAUCGUCGAUACAAUGUCCUAUGCUAACCUCGACUAACUAUACUGUGUGGGCAAUGAGAAUGCGAGUACUUCUCAAAAUCCACAAAGUAUGGGAUAUCAUCGAGACAGAGUCCACCGACGGAGAGAAGAACGAUUUAGCCAUGGGAUUAAUUUUCCAAUCAAUCCCAGAAUCACUUAUCUUACAAGUUGGCGAGCUCGACACCGCAAAGAAGAUGUGGAAUGCAAUUCAAGGUCGACAUGUUGGAGCAGAGAGAGUUCGCGAAGCACGAUUACAGACCUUGAUGGCUGAAUUCGAUCGAUUGAAGAUGAAAGAGACAGAGACUAUCGAUGAUUUCAGUGGUAAAUUGUCUGAGAUAUGUUCAAAGUCAGCCGCUUUGGGAACCAGCAUUGAAGAAUCAAAACUAGUGAAAAAGUUCCUUAAAAGUAUACCUCGAAAGAAGUAUAUCCAUAUCGUUGCAUCGCUUGAACAGGUACUCGACCUAAAUACUACAAGCUUCGAAGACAUCGUCGGUCGACUAAAAGCAUACGAAGAACGAAUAUAUGAAGAAACAGAGGAAUCUUCAGAUGAUCAGAGCAAGUUGAUGUAUGCAAAUACAGAUACUCAGGCGAACCGUAACCAAAAUAAUGAAUAUAGAGGCAGAGGCCGUGGAGGACGCUUCUAUGGUAGAGGAAGAGGACGAGGAAGGUCGUACGAACCUAGAGAUCUAUCUAAAGUUGUAUGUUAUCGCUGCGACAAAACGGGGCACUAUGCCUCGUCAUGUCCAGACAGGCUACUAAAGACAGAAGCAACAGAAGAAACUAAGGAGGAUGAUUCACAAGAAGCUGAGAAGCUUAUGAUGCAUGAAGUAGUCUUUCUAAACGAGAAAAUGGUAACACCAGAUAGGUUCGACGCUUGCUCAGAUGAUAUGUGGUAUCUAGACAACGGCGCAUCAAACCACAUGACAGGAAAUCGACAAUGUUUCUCAAGCAUUGAUGAGACUAUCACAGGAAAAGUGAGGUUCGGAGAUGAUUCACAUAUCGACAUCAAAGGCAAAGGAUCCAUCGUUUUUCUCAGCAAGAAAGGAGGGAAGAAGACCUUAACUAAUGUCUACUUCAUACCGAAUUAA